AUGUAUACAAUUAAUAAAGGAAAAAAAGCAAUAGAAGAUGGAGUUGAAGUACCAAUAUCAGCUAAUGUAACCAUUAACAACCUUCGACACACAGUAGAAGUCUUGAGCAAUGCGGAAACACCAGUAGACAUCCGCGAUAGUUUCUACGCAACAAACUCCAUCCCUGGAUUAAUUUGGAUUGGACAUUCAGGUAACCCGGUGCUAGCCAACUCGGAUGAUAUCAUGCCUCAAGAUUUUGACGAGUAG